UUGCUCUUGGUCUUAGAUUACGCCCACAUCUCUAUAAAACAUCAGCUGCAUCUCCACUUGUAGACAUAUGACUGUAGGUCCCCAACUCAGCAGGCAGGCAAAGACUUUAGAAGACUGCUGCAGCCCGUCCAUCUUUAGGUGGUGGGAUUCCCCUCCUGGUGGGGUUCUAGUAAUGGAGAAGAAUGAUGAUGAGUCACCUGGUGCAACAGGUGGUGAAGGGGAUGGAAGAGACACCACACCUGUUCACAACACUGGUACUCCUGAUGGUAUGGCAGCACUAGGAGUCAUGCUACAGGGCUUCAUGUUAAAUCAACAGCAGUCAAUGCAACAGCAACAGCAGUCAAUGCAACAGGCAAUGCAAUCCAUGCAGCAACAGAUGCAGCAGCAGAUCAGCCAGCUACAGGAGGAGGUGCAGAAAGGAAAGACAAAGCAACAGUGUGUUGUGACCCCUUUACCAGCAGCAAACCCAGACACUUUGACAAGACCAGCUCCUCGGUCUCGAGACCCAGCAGAGGAGGUGUUAGGUGAACACGUUGACAAGAAGGAGGAGACAGCAGAGAUGAAAUUGGAAGAUGUCCAACAGCCUUUGUCCGAUGAGGAGUCAAAACCAGAGACUGAUGGCUCUUCAGAAGGAAACAGAGAAACAACCAAAGGAUCUUGUCUCAGGGAGCUGUUGUCAAAGACUGGACUAGAAGAUCAUUAUGAAAACAAGCUGACGUUAAGUACUGUCCUUGAGAUAAAUGCUGAUACUACAUCAGAUGAACCUCUUACCACUAUGCAGUCACUUCCAGGGGCCUUCCUGAAGAAAUUAAUGAUGGCAAAUGUGAAUGCUAGGAGUGUGAAAUGUCUGACCACUGACCAGGAGGUUUCAUAUUAUGAUGUAGACAACCUGGACACUGACUCUGAUAGCAGCGAUGUAAUUAAUCCACUGGACCUGAUUACAGCCCUGUUUCUGUGUUCAGAUGGUUUCCUGCAGCAGGAGAUGGUCCAGAAAAUGUCCAUGUGUCAGUUUGCUGUUCCUCUCCUGCUGCCCAACUGUGACACAAAAAAAAUCACUUUGAUGCUGUGGGCCUUGAGGGACAUAGUGAGGAAGUUCAGACGAUCUUCCCAAACGGCCACAAAUGCUUUUGUGGAGGACAGAAUUGUUGUCUCUGAUAUUCCUAUGGUGUCCUUUGUUAGGCUAGGAAAGAGCAGCUUGUCCAAGUCUAAUAUUUUGAACAAGUUGCUUAGUAACCCUCAACAGUACCAUGACACAUUUGUUCAUCAUGAUAUGGAAUGUGGAGAUGUCCCUUUGCAAAUCUCAAAUGGACUGGUUGAAAUCAGCUGGUACUUUCCAUCUGGAAACAGAAACAUAGACAUGUUCACUAAGCCUGUGGCGGUGGCCAAUCUCAGAGGAGACAUCAGGUCCUUUAAAACACAGUUCUCCUUUCUGUGUCAAACAUCAGCUGCAGUUUACAUUUUCAUUGAUGAUUUCGAGGCAGAUUUCAAGGUUUUGGAAGGAAAAACCACAAAAGCAGAGUUAUUUCUGGUUGUCAACUCUCAGAAUAAAACAUUCAGGUUGGACACAUUGAAGAAAAUAAUCACAAACAACAGUAUCAACCCCACAAAUGUGAUUGUGAAGAAGAAGCAGAAUGAUGCAGAAUUUGUCAAAAUCCUGCAGUCCUCUGUAGGUGACAUCAUCGAAAAAAGUAAAAACAGAUUGACAAUUGAAAACAUGGCUGAUGUGGCUCAUCAGAUGGGGAUUCUGGUUGAUGAAGACAGUGGUGAAUGUCAGAGUGCCAGGAAGAUGGCAGAUGAAAUCACCAGGAACAUCACAGACACAAUUAAAUUUAAAGACAAACAGCUACCCUUACAGGGAACAAUCUGGAAAGAGCUUUCCCAGUUAGAAAAAGAGAGGUGUAGACUGAGAAAAGCAGGAGGUCAAGAAAUUGAACACUACAAGAGCUCUCUGAAGAGGAAGGAGGAAGAGCUGAGAAAGAAGCAACAUACAUGUGACAUGUCAGAUGCAAUGGCAAGCUUCAUUUUUGGAAUGUCAAGAUCAGGAGCUGAGCGUUCCUAUUUCCUCAAAUGGAUGCGGAUAAAUCUGGACAAUCUGUCACGUCAGAACCUGUCUGCUUUGAGGGACCGGUACAAAGAUCUUUGCCAAAAUUCUCCAGAGAAAAAAGACCAAAUUAAAAAUUUGGAUAAGCAAUUAUCUGACUGUUCCUUGGGUCUUGAACACUUCCUGCGUGAGUUGGGCCAGUUAUAUGAAGCCGCCUGCUCCCUCCCUGAAAGUAGCCUACAAAGGAAACAGAUGGAGAAGCUCCCUGGAUUGUGUGCUCAGAUGCUGUUGGAUGGUUUCCCCAUUGAGCUUGUGGAUGGAGAUGCAUCAAAUAUCCCUCUGAAAUGGAUGUCAGCUGUACUGACUCAGCUUCAUACUCUUGUGGACUCUAACAGCAAGAUCCGGGUGAUCACAGUUUUAGGGGUUCAAAGCACUGGGAAGUCCACUCUCCUCAACACCAUGUUUGGGGUCCAGUUUGCUGUCAGCAGUGGAAGAUGCACUAGAGGGGCCUUCAUGCUGCUGAUUAAAGUCAACAAAGAACUCAAGGAGGAGCUGAAAUGUGACUUCAUCAUGGUGAUUGACACAGAGGGGUUGAAAUCACCAGAGUUGGCUCAACUAGAUGAUAGCUAUGAACAUGACAAUGAACUGGCCACACUGGUGAUAGGACUCAGUGAUGUCACUAUCAUCAACAUUGCCAUGGAGAACUCCACAGAGAUGAAAGACAUUCUACAGAUUGUUGUUCAUGCUUUUAUCAGGAUGCAGGAAGUGGGGAAGAAGCCGAUAUGUCAUUUUGUGCACCAGAAUGUGUCAGACAUGUCUGCUCAUGACAACAACAUGAGGGACAGGAAGAAGUUGUUGGAACAGUUGAAUGAAAUGACCCAGGCAGCAGCCAGAAUGGAGAAGAAGGAGGAUAUCACUAAGUUCACUGACGUGAUGGAUUAUGAUCCAGACACAAGCAGCUGCUACAUCCCAGGACUCUGGCAUGGGACUCCCCCUAUGGCUCCAGUCAAUGCUGGCUACAGUGAGGCUGUGUACAGCUUCAAGAAGACCUUGAUGAAAGAUUUCAGAAAAUGCCAGAAAAAUGAUGACUUGACACAUUUCUUGAAGUGGACACAAAGCUUGUGGGAGGCAGUGAAGUUUGAGAAAUUCAUCUUCAGUUUCAGAAACAGUUUGGUUGCAGAUGCAUACGCCAGAUUAUGUUCUGAGUACAAUAGUUGGAAAUGGGCCUUCCAGAAGGAGAUGUAUAAAUGGAUGGUGAGUGCUGAAACUGAAAUAUCCAAUAUUGUCAUGACAGAUCUAAAUCCCCAGAGGUCCAUAAGAGAUGUGCAAAACGACUUGUUGAGAGAAGCAUCUAAGAAGCUUUCAGAGGGAGAAAAAGAAAUCCAAGACAAUCUAGUAAAAUACUUUAAACAGAAAGAUGGCCAUGUCAAUCUGGUGGAAAAAUACAGGGAGGACUUUGUGUCCAGUGCUAAAACACUGAGAAAAGAGAUAGAAAACACAGUGAAGAACAAAUUGCUAGGAACUGUUGAAAUUAAUGAGGGAAUGACAGAACUGAACAACAUCAAGAGUUCACAGACAAAAACAAUGGAAAAGAAGGUUCUGACUCUGCUGCAGAACUGUAGAAAGAAAGAAUCUGUUCUAUCAGAUGACGCCCUCAGAAAAGAGUUUGAAAACAUGUGGAAGGAAACUCUGUCUGAGAUAACUUUCAAAGGACUCCAAAGAAGAGAUGUGGCUCAAAAUGCCUUCCUCAUGUUACGUGAUAAUCUGACAACAAGGGGGAGUCAUGUCAACAAGAUGUUGGUUGUAAACAGUCUGGUGGAUUGUGGGAGAAAAGCUUUUGUUUUGGAAUCAGAGAGUUGGUGGCAGCAGGCUAAAAACACAGUAAAGCACUGGGAUCCCAACCAUCACAGGAAAAAACUACAAGACCUCUGUGAUGACAUCAUAAAACAGUGUCUGGAGUUUAUAACCCAGAGGGUGAAAAGCAAGACCGAUUACCAUGACACUCACAUCAAAGAACUGCUUAUAAUAAUUGACAAAACAUUGCAACAACACACAGAAGUGAAAGCCAGUGAGGAAUGUGAGGUUUCUCUCAAACAACACAUCUGUGGCAGAGCAGCCAGAGAGUUUCAGAAGAUGCAUGAAGAUUUUAUUGAAGUCAAUGACCCAAGGAAUUGUCUGGAAAAGUCUAAGAACAAGUACCUUACUGAGUUCAAAGACUUGUUUCAUAACCGAGACCUCUGCCUAAAGAAAGCAAAGGACUUCACAAAGCGUUGUCUAGAGCCAGCUGUAAAGGACUAUGUGACCAACAUGAUUGGUCCUGAUGUGGUUGAUGAAGUGAAGACAGGUGAAGGGUCAGAGGAUUACAGCACAAACGGGGCUUUCCAGUUCUCCAUUUUGAAACAACUCCUGACUGAUGAAAACUUUGAGAAAUACACUGAGUACAUAAACCAUUAUGAAAGCUUUGUGAAGGACUGGCUGUUUGACCAAAUUGUCCAACGACUUUCAAAGGAGAACAGUCUGAAGAAAUUGGAGAAUAAACAUCUUUCAGAGAUGGUCAAGAUAAUCACUGACACAAUCUCUAACAUCAGAGAAACAACUGCCACAAAAAAUGUAAAUGAUGUCAAGACAUUCAUUCAGAACAUCUGCAGAGCCCUUAAAGAGAAGCUAGUCCUCAAGGAUGCUCUGGAUUCCAUCUUGAUUCUGAAUACUGCAGACACAAAACAGUUUGCUGUCUACCUUACAGAGUUUGUGGAAGAAAUGAAGCAGUCACUUGCAUCUAAGUAUGACAAGGGAGGAGACAUCAAAGAGAGACUCAGAUCUCUGCCAUUCAAGCCUCAGGAUGAGAUGUUCACCAGUCUGUUUGGCUGUGGGAAGAAAUGUCCCUUCUGUGGUGCACCUUGUGAAGCAGGAGGUAAGGAGCAUACCAAACAUCAUUCUUCCAUUCACCGUCCACAAGGUAUCUAUGGUUAUAGGGAUCAUUGUUCAAAGAAAUUAGUAAUAGAGAUAUGUUCAUCUCUUGUGGUUAGUGACACAUCAUUCUCCAAUGCCAAGACUGGAGGAACAUUUCACCCCUACAAGGACUACCAGACACAUUACCCUGACUGGAUCAUAACUGGAGAUUCCAGCAUGGAGGCUUCAGACUACUGGAAGUAUGUGAUGGCCACUUUCAAUAAGAGAAUAGCUGAGGAAGAAAAGGCACAUCCUGCUGAUAUCCCAUGGGACUGGAAGGCUUUAACACCUGAUAAUGCAUUGACAAGCUUGAAAAAGUCAUUCAACAUGAAAUAAAGUGGAGUUCUAUAUAAUAACUUGUUGACCAAAACAUGGUUGACUUUUCAUAGACUUAACAACCAGAAAUGACAUCACAGAAUCAAAAUAUGUAAGGCAGGUUGCCUCAAUACAGUUAAAAAAAAUAAUAUGCAGAUCUGUCCAUACCCGAUGCAAUUUUGAGAAAAAAAAAUGCAGAAUGGAAAACAUAUUUUAUUCAAUAUGCAUUCAUAAAUUAUAUAACAUCUAGCAAUUUAAAGAUCUGACGUUCCAUAAUGAAAUAUGUAACUAACACUUUGAGUUUGAUGUGAAAGGAAUAACAUUUUCUCAGCAGAUGUAGAUGUAAGAAAAGUGCUUUAAGCUAAUUCAGAAAUCCUACAAAUAAGAAAAGUACACUGACAGGUAAAUACAGAGCUAGUCUGACAUUGUUCAUUUAAUUUCAAUUAUAAUAAUUAUAUUUAUAAUAAUCAUUACUUACCAUUUAACCUAUGUCCUUUAUGCAUUAGAAGGGACUGCUGGUUCAGUGGGAAAAAGUUGGCUUGACUUUUGUUUUUGUUAUUCAACUUUUUGUUUUCAUCUUAAUGUAAUUUUAUUGACAUUUUCAACGUUUUUGUUGAAGUACAACCCUUCCACCGUUGUGUAUUAAAAUAUUAUUGGACCUGAAGAA